AAAAAUAAAAAUAAAAUUACAUUUUUAUAAAGUAUAUAUAUAGAAAGUAAUAAAAAAAAUGCUGGCGACACGUUGUUGUAUAUUAGUGGCAUUAGUUUUAUUUGUCCCAUCAAUUCAAGGAGUGGAUUUAACAGCACAAAAUAAUACAAACGUACAAUUUGAGGUAGAUGGAGCAUAUAUACGUAUAGAACGAAUACAAGAUGUAUGCAAUGAUAAUAAAGAAGAAUCACCGCUAGAAGAGUUUCCAGAGUAUUUUUCUAUUGAGCAAUUACGACAAGGCUGGGUUUGUUUACAUGUAUUUGCCGCCAUUUAUUUUUUCGUACUGCUGGCAAUUAUAUGUAACGAUUACUUCUUACCGACUGUAGAGUGUAUCUGUGAUGAUUUGCAUUUAUCCAAAGAUGUUGCGGCAGCUACUUUUAUGGCUACAGCCACUUCAAUGCCAGAGUUCUUCACCAAUACGAUUAGUACUUUGAUCACUAAUUCUGAUAUGGGCUUGGGUACUAUUAUUGGUUCACUUAUGUUCAAUACACUUGGUGUUGCAGGCGUAGCAGCUUUAGCUAUUAAAAAGCCAGUACAAUUGGAUUGGUGGCCAAUAGCACGUGAUAGCAGUAUUUACAUAUUUAAUACACUGGUGCUACUGUUCAUUGCCUGGGGUGGUAAUGUUUCCUUCGUCGGUUCUUGUAUACUUAUGGGCUUUCUAGUUUUCUACUAUGUACUUACUUUUAAUAAUAAUCGUUUCAUGCCAGCCAUUCGUGUCUUUGUUGAGGAUAAACUGAACUGCUGCAUGUCAACACGUUACGACUUUACGGAACCACCAGAAAAUUGUGCUAAAGCUAAACUGCCAGUUAAGAAGGAUCCACUUAAUGGUGAUGGUUUAUUUGUUGUAAACGUACCAGACAGCCACUCCACAACUGUUUCCACAGUCAAUUUAACAGAAAACAAAAGCUGGAACAAUGAUACAAAAGCCGUAGAACUGCCACCUAAACUAUUUUCUUUACCUCGCGGUGAAUCCAAAAUAAUGAAAUGUUGGUGGGCGUUCACAUUUCCAAUUAGAAUUCUCCUUAAGUGCAUCAUACCAAACCCAAUUACUAAUCGCCGAUGGUAUCCAUUGUCGUUUAUAAUGUGUAUCCUAUGCAUCGGUGCUAAUGCUUAUAUGAUUGUUUGGAUGUUAACUGCUUUAGGUGUUGCUAUCAAUGUAUCGGAAAUCAUAAUGGGCUUAACAUUCUUAGCUGCUGGCUCCAAUAUGCCAGAAGCUAUAUCAAGUUUAAUCGCAUUACGUAAUGGAGAAAAUGGUAUUGGUGUCUCAAAUUCUCUAGGUGCAAAUUCCUUGGCUAUACUUUUAUCUCUGGGUGUGCCAUGGUUUGUCAAGAAUUUAUACAAUGUAAUCAAAGAAACUGGUACAACUAGUAUUGAAAUAGCUACACAGGGUUUCGAAUAUACAAUGCUAAUACUUAUUGUAUCCACAAUGGCACUUUUUAUUAUUCUCAGUUUUAGUGGCUAUCGGUUGACGAAACGCGCUGGUUUAGCAUUAUUCUCUGCCUAUGCGAUAUUAAUAACAUUGGAAAUUUUAAUUGAAAUGAAUGUAUUUUUUCCAAAACAGUGUUAAAUUAACAUUAAAAUUAAUUAACUAUUACAAUUAUUUGUAUAUACUAUAUGAUAAGCUAAAGACUGCUAACAAAACACAACGAACGAAACAAACCACCAAAAAGCCGAAAAGUAGUAGGAAAUAUUAAAUUAUUGAUAUUCUAGUUAAGUUUUUAUAUUAAAUAUUAAAAAUAUU